CUGCAAGAACAACUGAACAACUUUGCAGCAGAAAGGAGGCACAUGGAGAUGAAGCUUUCACUGAAAGUGCACUGGUACCUGGUGUGGUACCUGCUGCUCCCAACAGCCUCAGUGGUCACAUCUGGGGAUUUAAAAGUAGUAGACUGACUGCGUUCUGUUCGUGAUGCUGGGGAGAGGGAAACUGUUAAUUGUUAGCUUAAUGAAAAGCUUACAGUAUUCCUGAGGUCUUUUCGAGACUUUUUAUGGUAAGUGAUUGUGUCUUAUUUUAAGGUAUACGUGGCUUGUCAGUCCAUGCUUAUUGUGCUUGUGGGAGCUGUGCCCGAGUAUCGUAUAGACCAAGAAGGAGUUGCAGCAAGCAGAGCUGAUUUGGCCAGGCAUAUCCAUUUUGUCGACAACUUCACAUCUAUAGUAACUGAGUGGUACCUAAUCGAACAAGAAGCCUACAAAGUAAGCCUUGCAUCUUCCCUAUUUUUUGCUGGAUUGCUUAUUGGAAAUAUCACAUUUGGCCCUUUGUCAGAUAAACUGGGCAGAAAACCAGUGUAUAUCUCAGGUCUAUUUUUUGAUGUCGUUUUUGGGUAUGUCACAGCAUUAGCGCCGAAUUAUGACGUAUUUGCAGUUUCACGUUUCUUUGUUGGAAUUGUGAAUGGUGGAACGGCUCUUGUGUCUUUUGUCCUAACACAAGAAUAUGUAGGAAAAUCAUUUUGGUCAUUUACAGGUUCGUUAACUAAUUUGACAUUUGCUGUUGGCAUUGCUGUUUAUGCUUUACUGGGUUACUGUAUACGACAGUGGCGCUACCUUGCCUUGGUAUCCAACAGUCCAGGAGUCAUCUUCCUCCUUCUGUCUUUUACGCUCCCAGAAUCACCACGAUGGCUGUAUUCCCAAGGGAAAACGGCAGCCGCUGAAGAUGUGUUGCAAUAUAUUGCCCUUGGUAAUGGAAAAGAGAGAUUAACUCUAAAAUUAAAACCAACUGCAGGAACUUUGAGAAAGGAUGAAUUGGCACCUGGCAUCCUGAACUUAAUAAAACACCCAGUCCUUCGGUGGCAGACCGUCGUACUUAUGUACAUCUGGUAUGUCUGCAGCUUUGUGUACUAUGGACUAACUUUAAAUGCUGGUGAAUUAGGAGGAAAUCUGUAUUUAAAUGUGGCUCUUUCUGGUCUUGCAGAAGUUCCAGCAUUUCCUCUCUGCAUGUUUUUUAUUGAGAAAUCCUGGUCUGGGAGACGUAAAACUAUGACAUGUUUUCUGGUGUUUGCAGGAUUUGCCUGUAUAUUGACCAUGUUUUUACCAACAAACACUGGUCUGCUCCUCAGUCCCACUUUGUUAGCUUUAUGUGGAAAAAUGAUGGUCAGCGCCGCUUUCAACAUCGUGUAUAUUUAUACAUCUGAACUGUACCCAACAGUACUGAGAAAUGCUGGCUUGGGUGUCUGUUCCAUGUCUUGCAGAUUUGCAGGCGUUUUGGCUCCAUUUGUGCCAUCUAUGAAAUCUCUUAGUCCUUCUGUACCAUUCAUGGUGUUUGGAAUCAGUGGACUCUCCGCGGGAUUCCUGACUCUCCUUCUGCCAGAAACACUAAAUAAGCCAAUUGCCGAGACCAUCGAAGAUCUCCAGAGUUCCAAAUACCAAGUGCUUAAAACUGAAGACGAAGAGUAAAACAGUUAGAAGAAAACACGUUUCAGAAGGCCUGUCUGUGGUGGAAAUUGAAGACUCACCGAGAAGGUGCAAUAACAAUUGAAGGGCAGAUUCUUGCUGUAUGUAUUUCGCAGGAAAUGUUGGAGGACUCAUGUAUAACGCUGUUUGUAGCAUGUUGAACAGUUUUAUCUGGAGGCAGAUUGAGAAGGUGGAAGAAGUUGAUCAAAGCUUGUGAGAAAAGAGGUGACAAAUCUCUGCCUUAAUUUAAUGACUUAACAAGAGCAUACUUUGGAUGUUUGGACUUCUCUGUGACUUCUUAAAGUGAAGUAUUAAUUUAUUUUACAAAAUGUAAUUGCUAGCUUCAGAUUAAGCUGUAAUGUUGUAAUUGAAGUAACGUAUAUAAUUUAAAAUUUAGAUGGCUCUAUAUAUUCAGGCAAGCUGUAAUUGUGAAAAGUAACAGCAUCCUGUAUAUGCAAGUUUUCUCUAGAGGGUUUUUUGCCUCUAAAUUAUGGUAUACCUCACAGUGUGAAGAGACCAAAGAUUUUUUUGAGUUGUUGGCCUUAUUAUGUCUAGCAUAAGAAACCUGAACAGGAGAUCUGAAAGGAGAAUAAAUGAGUUCUAUUGUAGGAGUAAGUAAUUUCUUAAUACAGUUGUACGUGAACAGAUACAUCAAGUUACAAAUAAUAUGGUGUUGGAAAAAUGAUGUCAGGCCUUUAGGAGGUACAUUUAAAGGAGAGGAUGAGUAACCUUUUAGACAAAGGUUAUUAAGUUCUAGCUGUACAUGUGGAACUAGAAAUUAUUGAACACCAGUCAUCUGUUGUAUAAUAUAUGUAAGAGUAUAUAAUCCAGUACAUUUCCACACAAAUUGGAAAUUGUUCUUGUGAGGGGUGACAUGUGUGUUUGGUUAACAGUUAAUAUAUUUAUGUUGGAAGAGAUGCAUCACAAAUGUUACAGUUUUCUGAUGGCCAAUACAAUUUUGUUAUUAAAAAGAAAAUUACU